AUGGUGUCCCAGGUACGUGGUCCCAACCCCAAGAAGACCGAAGUGAGGAGGUGCGUGGUCUCAGUCGAAGAAGGCGGAGGCAGGGACGAGGCCGGAGCACUUAUCCUCACCCAAUAUGGGGUCCCAGGCGCGUGCUCGGAGGCGGGAGCGCUUAUCCUCAACCAAUAUGGGGUCCCAGGCGCGUGGUCUCAGCCCGAAGAAGGCGGAGGCGGGGACGAGGCCGGAGCUGGGGUCCCAGGUGCGAAAGCGGAGGCGGGGACGAGGCCGGAGCGCUUAUCCUCGACCAACGUGGAGUCCCAGGUACGCGAUCUCGGCCCGAAGAAGGUGAAGGUGGGGUGCUUGAAGCCAGAAGAAGGCGAGCUUCAAGAGGAGGCGACAACAAGCUCGAAGGACUUACUCUCAGAAUACGUUCUCGGCGCGUGGUCUCAACCUGAAGAAGACAGAGGCGGCGACAAGGUGCGCGGUCUCAACUUGAAGAGGAUGGAGGCGGGAACCAGGCCGGAGCACUUCUCCUCAACCAAUAUCGGGUCCGAGGUGCGUGGUCUCAACUCGAACAGGAAGCUCAAGCUGAAGAAGACAGAGGUGUGGAAGUUCAAGCUGAAGAAGACACAGGCGUGGAAGCUCAAGCUGAAGAAGGGCAAGGACAAGGUGCGUAUCCUCAAGAAGAAGAAGGCCGGGAGCGGGAACGAAGCCGUGCAGGCUCGCCUGCAUGGUGUCCCAGGUGCGUGGUCUCAGUCGAAGAAGGCGGAGGCAGGGACGAGGCCGGCGCAAUAUGGGGUUCCAGGCGCGUGGUCUCAGCCCGAAGAAGGCGGAGGCGGGGACGAGGCCGGAGCUGGGGUCCCAGGUGCGAAAGCGGAGGCGGGGACGAGGCCGGAGCGCUUAUCCUCGACCAACGUGGAGUCCCAGGUACGCGAUCUCGGCCCGAAGAAGGUGAAGGUGGGGUGCUUGAAGCCAGAAGAAGGCGAGCUUCAAGAGGAGGCGACAACAGGCUCGAAGGACUUACUCUCAGAAUACGUUCUCGGCGCGUGGUCUCAACCUGAAGAAGACGGAGGCGGCGACAAGGCCGGAUCGCCUAUCCUCAACUGUCAUGGGUUCCCAGGUUCGUGGUCUGGAGAGAACAGAAGCCGAGACCAGGCCGGAGUGCCUAUCCUCAAGCAAUAUGGGGUCCCAGGUGCGCGGUCUCAACUUGAAGAGGAUGGAGGCGGGAACCAGGCCGGAGCACUUGUCCUCAACCAAUAUCGGGUCCGAGGUGCGUGGUCUCAACUCGAACAGGACGGAGGCGAGGAGAGGCCGGAGUACCUAUGCAAGGACAAGGCUGGGAGGGCCCAUCCUCAACCAACAUGGGGUUCCGAGGUGCGGAAGUUCAAGCUGAAGAAGACACAGGUGUGGAAGUUCAAGCUGAAGAAGACAGAGGCGUGGAAGCUCAAGCUGAAGAAGGGCAAGGACAAGGCGUGGAAGCUCAAGCUGAAGGAGACGGAGGCGUGGAAGCUCAAGCUGAAGAAGGGCAAGAACAAGGCGUGGAAACUCAAGCUGAAGGAGACGGAGGCAAGGACAAGGCAAGGACAAGGCCGGGAGGAGGACUUAUCCUCAACCAAUAUGGGUUUCCGAGGCGUGGAAGCUCAAGCUGAAGAAGGGCAAGAACAAGGUGUGGAAGCUCAAGCCGAAGAAGACAGAGGCAAGGACCAGACCGGGCGUGAAGCUCAAGCGGAAGAAGACAGAGGCACGGAGGAGAAGACAGAGGCAAGGACACGACCGGGCGUGGACGCUCAAGCCGAAGAAGACGGGGGCAAGGACCAGGCGUGGAAGCUCAAGCGGAAGAAGACGGAGGCAAGGACGAGGCGAACACUGAAGGAGACGGAGUCGCCGAAGGCGAGCCAUGGAGAGUGCAAGGAAUAUGCCCGAUACUUGGGCAUCGACCCCGGAUACGAGGGAGAAGAGACACACAACGCGAUGUUGUGCCCGAGCCUCGGUGCAUGGUCUCAACCUGAGAAGAACACGGAGGCGGGGAUCAGGCGGGAACUACGGGGUCCCAAUCCGGAGAAGGCGAAGGCGGGGAAGAGGUGCGUGGUCUCACAGCCCGAAGAAGGCGGAGGCGGGGACGAGGCCGGCGCGGACGAGGCCGGAGAGCUUGUCCUCAACCAAUAUGGGGUUUCAGGGAAAGCGGAGGACAAGGCCGGGAGGGCUUAUCCUCAAUCAGUAUGGGAUUCCGAAGCGUGGGAGCUCAGUCUGAAGAAAGCCGGAGGGCUUAUCCUCAACCAAGAUGGGAUUUCAGGUGCGUGGUCUGAAGCUGAGAAGACGGCGGAGGCGGGGACGAAGCCGGAGCGCUUAUCCUCAGCCAAUAUGGGGUGUGACGUCUCACAGCCCGAAGAAACUGGAGGCGGGGACGAGGCGGGAACUACGGGGUCCCAAUCCGGAGAAGGCGGAGGCGGGGAAGAGGUGCGUGGUCUCAACCUGAAGAAUCCGGAGAAGGCGGAGGUGCGUGGUCUCAACCUGAAGAAAGCGGAGGGGACGAGGCCGGAGGGCUUAUCCUCAACCAAUAUGGGGUCCCAACCCGAAGAAGGCGAAGGCGGGGACGAGGCCGGUGUGAAGUCUCAUCCCGGAGAAGGAGGAGGCGGGGACGAGGCCAAAGCGAUUAUCCUCAACAAAUCUGGGGUCCGAGGUGUGAAGUCUCAUCCCGGAGAAGGAGGAGGCGGGGACGAGGCCAAAGCGCUUAUCCUCAACAAAUCUGGGGUCCGAGGUGUGAAGUCUCAUCCCGGAGAAGGAGGAGGCGGGGACGAGGCCAAAGCGCUUAUCCUCAACAAAUAUGGGGUCCGAGGUGCGUGGUCUCACAGCCCGAAGAAGGCGGAGGCGGGGACGAGGUCCGACUUGCAGACCAGCAGAAGCGGUGCAGUGGAUGGGGGGGCAACUUUGAGUACUGCCAUGACCGGUCGCUAUCGUGUCAACAGCGACGUGGAAGUGGUGCCAGCCGUGAGCUUCGACGACGAGGAGCACCUGCUGCGCCGCGCCUUCCUGGAGGCACGGGAACUCCUGCUGACGGGUGGCUGCACCGAAGUGCAUUUCAAAGCUUGGCGGAGCGACCGCCCUACAGCUUUGAGAAUGCUGUGCGCCAAAGCUCAGCGGCUACACGACGGGUGCAUGGAGGUUUACCUGCACCACGACGACGGCGGGGAGGAAUACGGAGUACUGGAGCCUAUGGGCACCGGAUCCACGGGACCUCUCUUCGCUUUCCGGUGCAAGGAGCAAACCCGUGUUUCCGCCCCACGCCGCCGCCUCCAUCGCGCCCAUUUGAUACAGUUCUUCACGAACGACGUCGUGGAAUGGGUUGGUUGCCAUGGCGAACGCGAGAAGAUGGAGGCCGAGACAAGGACAGAGGCCGAAGGCAAGACGGAGGCCGGGCUUAUCCUCAACCAAUAUGGGGUGUCUAGUCCGCGGACAGAAGCCGAAGGCAAGACGGAGGCGGGCUUAUCCUCAGAGACAAGGCGAAGAGGUGCAGCCGCCACGUUUAUCCUCAACCAGAAUGGGGGCCAGGGGGAAGAGGCGAAGACAGCCGCCACGCUUAUCCUCAACCAGAAUGGGGGCCAGGGGGAAGAGGCGCAGCCGCGAAGAGCAGCCGCCACGCUUAUCCUCAACCAGAAUGGGGGCCAGGGGGAAGGGCGAAGAGGUGCAGCCGCCACGCUUAUCCUCAACCAGAAUGGGGGCCAGGGGGAAGAGGCGCAGCCGCGAAGAGGUGCAGCCGCCACGCUUAUCCUCAACCAGAAUGGGGGCCAGGGGGAAGAGGCGCAGCCGCGAAGAGGUGCAGCCGCCACGCUUAUCCUCAACCAGAAUGGGGGCCAGGGGGAAGAGGCGCAGCCGCGAAGAGGUGCAGCCGCCACGCUUAUCCUCAACCAGAAUGGGGGCCAGGGGGAAGAGGGGGAAGAGGCGCAGCCGCCACGCUUAUCCUCAACCAGUACAGCCGCCACGCUUAUCCGGUGCCAGGCGAAGAGGCGAAGAGGUGCAGCCGCCACGCUUAUCCUCAACCAGAAUGGGGGCGGGGACCAGGCCGGGGCGAGCAUCCUCAACCAAUAUGGGGUCCCAGGUGCGUGGUCUCCACUCGAACAGGACGGAGGCCGGGACAAGGAUGGAGGGGACAAGGCCGGAGUGCUUAUCCUCAACCAAUACGGGGUCCCAAGUGCGUGGUCUCCAUUGCAAGAGACCAAGGUGCGCGGUGUCAACCUGAAGAAGACGGAGGUGCGUGGUCUCAAUCUGAAGAAGACGGAGGCGGGGACAAGGUGCGUUAUCCUCAACCAAUAUGGGUCCCCGGUGCGUGGUGUCAACCUGAAGAAGACAGAGGUGCCUGGUCUCAACCUGAAGAAGACAGAGGAGACGGAGGCAGGGACAAGGCCGGAGCGCAUAUCCUCCACCAAUAUGGGGUUCCAGGGGCGUGGUCUCAACCUGAAGAAGAUGGAGGCGGGGACAAGGCGGGGACAGGCCGGAGGGGGUUUAUCCUCAACCAAUAUGGGCUCCCCGGUGCGUGGUGUCAACCUGAAGAAGACGGAGGCGCAUGGUCUCAACCUGAAGAAGACGGAGGUGCGUGGUCUCAACCUGAAGAAGACGGAGGUGCGUGGUCUCAACCUGAAGAAGACGGAGGCGGGGACAAGCCCGGAGCGUAUCCUCAACCAAUAUGGGGUCCCAGGGGCGUGGUCUCAACCUGAAGAAGACAGAGGCGGGGACAAGGCCGGAGCCCUUAUCCUCAACCAAUAUGGGGUCCCAGGUGCGUUAUCCUCAACCAUUAUGGGGUCCCCAGUUCGUGGUGUCAACUUGAAGAAGACAGAGCCAGGGACAAGGCCGGAGGUCAACCAAAGUGCAUGGUCUCAACCUGAAGAAGACGGAGGCGGGGACAAGGCCGGAGCGGUUAUCCUCAACCAAUAUGGGGUCCCAGGUGCGUUAUCCUCAACCAAUGUGGGGUCCCCGGUGCGUGGUCUCAACCUGAAGAAGACGGAGGCGGGGACAAGGCCGGAGCGCUUAUCCUCAACCAAUAUGGGGUCCCAGGUGCGUGGUCUCAGCCCGAAGAACACGGAGGUGCGUGGUCUCAGCCCGAAGAACACGGAGGCGGGGACAAGGCCGGAGCGCUUAUCCUCAACCAAUAUGGGGUUCCAAGUGCGUGGUCUCAGCCCGAAGAACACGGAGGUGCGUGGUCUCAACCUGAAGAAGACGGAGGCGCAUGCAGAAGUGGUGCCUAUCUUCAACCUGAAGAAAGACAGAGACGGGUGCCUGCUCAUGCUCUAA